AAAAAAUUUCAUUUUUCAGGCUUAAGAUGGGCUAAAGUAUUCAUACACGAUACGACAUCGUUGGGUCCUUCUUGUUCGUAUUGAAAGCGUUCACCCAAGUAUUGAGAACUUAGCUCCAAUGAUGUCGAUAGAAUCAUUAUUCAUCCCUCAAACUCUCCCUCUUAAAAGUUCUUCAGUUGACAAAACUGCAAGAAAAUCUACUUGGGCGUCCCUCAAGUCCCCAAAAUUUCAAACGGGCCCUUCAAGGAUCAGAAAUUUCUCAGCGAAGUCAAGUUUGGGCUUCGAAAAUGGUGGAUUCAAACAGUUCCCAAAUGGGGUCGGUGAAAAAGAUGGAGUUAUCAUCGUGGACCAUGGUUCUCGCCGUAAAGAAUCCAAUCUCAUGCUAAAUGAAUUUGUAGCCAUGUUUCGAGAAAAAUCUGGGUACCCAAUUGUUGAACCAGCUCAUAUGGAGUUGGCCGAGCCAUCGAUAAAAGAUGCAUUCGGUUUGUGUGUUCAACGAGGAGCAAAUCGCGUGAUUGUUAGUCCAUUCUUUCUCUUCCCUGGAAGGCAUUGGUACCAGGAUAUCCCAUUGUUAACUGCUGAUGCUGCAAGGGAUCACCCUGGUGCAUCGUAUAUAAUAACUGCCCCACUCGGCCUGCACGAGCUGCUUGUGGAUGUCAUGAAUGAUAGGAUCAAACACUGCUUGAGCCAUGUAGCUGGAGAUGCCGAUGAGUGUGCAGCUUGUGCUGGAACAAGCAAAUGCAAGCUCUACGGACUCGUGGAUGUAAUUAAAACUUAAAGUUUUCGGGAUUGAAUGUAGGAAUCAAAGGGUUCCGAUUGUACGAAAGUUGAGAUCUGAGCAUAUGAAAUAUAACCCAACGGUUCAUGCAAAGGCUGCAUAUAUAGUAGUUUUUCUUAUCUUUCAGGAUGUUCCGUCCAUAAUUUAUGCCAAGAUGCAUUUUUCCAUGUAUUAAACGAAAUAUAUGAUUUGUACAAUCUGAUGUAAUACAUAUUUGAGUUUCAUUGUUA